AUGACUCUUCACCAAUACGACUACGUCUUUGCUAUUGGCACCUUCUUUGCCCUGCUUGAUGCCUUCAACAAUGGCGCAAAUGAUGUGGCCAACUCUUGGGCCACGAGUGUUUCCUCGAGAUCCAUCUCCUAUAGACAGGCCAUGAUUUUCGGUACCGUCUUUGAAAUGCUUGGCGCCAUCACCGUCGGCGCCCGUACUGCUGAAACAAUCAAGAACGGCAUUAUUCCCAACUCGGCCUUCCAGAACAAUGCUGGUGUUCAGAUGCUUGCUUUUACUUGCGCUCUUGCCGCCGCUUCGUCUUGGGUCAUGUGGUGCACGCGUCACUCAGCUCACGUCUCCUCCACCUACUCCUUAAUCUCUGCCGUUGCCGGUGUUGGUGUUGCUACUGUCGGCGCCUCCAAGGUUCAAUGGGGUUGGAAUGACGGAAAGGGUCUCGGUGCCAUCUUUGCUGGUCUAGGCAUGGCCCCGGUCAUCUCUGGCGGUUUUGCUGCUACUAUCUUCAUGCUCGUCAAGUUGGUUGUCCAUAUGCGCAAGAAUCCCGUUCCCUGGGCUGUCUACACCUCUCCCUUCUUCUUCCUUAUUGCCGCCACCAUCUGCACCCUCUCGAUUGUUUAUAAGGGCUCACCCAAUCUGGGUCUUGGCAAGAAACCCGCCUGGUAUAUUGCCGCAGUGACUCUGGGCACUGGUGGUGGCGUGGCUAUUCUCGCCGCCAUCUUUUUCGUACCCUUUGUCCAUGCCAAGGUCAUUAAGAAGGAUCCAAGUAUUCAGUGGUGGCACUUCAUCUUUGGCCCCCUGCUCUUUAAGCGCCCUGCGCCUGAGAAUGCCGAACGAGCUAAUGUCCCCAACUACGCCGUUGUUCAGCAUGACGACGACCUUGAAGAGUCUGCCACGCACUCUCCCAAGCUGACGGCCGAGGAUGGACAGGGCAAGGAGCAUGGCAUCAUGUCCAUGUCCGAGGCCACCAGGGGGGGCAACGAGAAGAGCCUAGCCAACCUGGAGGCCACCCAAAAGUCUUACAAGGAGCUCGUUGCUGAGGGUGAGGCCCGAUUCAACGCUCGCCUGAUGAAGAAGCGUGGGCCCCUCGGCUGGGCCAUGCGAACCCUACGCGACAACCCUAUGGGCGCUGGUCAGAUCUACGAAUUGCACAACAUCAAGAUCCUUGCCAAGCGCAUUCCUGCCAUGGUUGUUUCUGGUCUCUUGUACGGUCUUCACUAUGAUAUCCACGCCGCCCAGACCGGCAUUGAGGGCACCCCUGAAGGCGAACGCAUGAAGCGCGUCUACGCUGCCGCUGAAAAGUACCCCAACGAAGUCGAGCAUACCUACUCGUUUGUUCAGGUCCUUACUGCCUGCACUGCUUCCUUUGCUCACGGCGCCAACGAUAUUGGCAACUCUGUCGGUCCCUGGGCUGUCAUUUAUGGUGCCUGGAAGACGGGCAAUGCUGCCCAGGCCAAGGCUCCCGUCGACGUCUGGCAGCUCGCUGUGCUCUCUGCCACCAUUUCCGUUGGCCUCAUCACAUACGGUUACAACAUCAUGAAGGUCAUGGGCAACAAGAUCACGUACCACUCUCCAAGCCGUGGAAGCUCCAUGGAGAUGGGCGCCGCCAUCACCGUCCUGGUCUUUUCUCAAUUCUCCCUUCCCGUAUCUACUUCCAUGUGCAUUACCGGUGCUACUGUCGGCGUCGGUCUCUGCAACGGAACCCUCAAGGCCGUCAACUUUCAGCGAGUGGGGCUUUUGCUCUUCUCCUGGAUCAUGACCAUCCCCAUUGCUGGCACCCUUGGCGGUGUCAUCAUGGGCCUGUUCCUGAAUGCCCCUAAAUUUUAA